CUUCGUUUCUCUCCCCACUCCCCUGCUGGCCUGCCUGCUGGCCGCCGGCCGAAGCGACACGCGAGGCCACCGAUCAAUCGACGCCCGUUUCGUUGUCGCAGGGCCUCGCACGAUCAUCGAGCCCUCUCCGCAGAAGCUGACGACGCUUCGCUCGUUUGUUAAAACGUUGCUGGGGUUGCAGCAUGUGUAGUUGGGCAUAUAGAGAGAUUACAUUGAGUUAGUGCUCUGCUCUUGGCUGUAGCGACGCAAUGGGCAUCCUAAGAGCCGGUUCGGUUUGCUGGCUGUUCCAAGUGCUGGUUCCUGUCUGUGCCUUGUGUCAGAUACUUUAUGUUGGAUCAGUUGGGGCUCAAACUGCUCAGUUGAGUGUGGAUGCUUCACCUCAGAAUGCUCAGGUGAUCCCUGGAAAUAUGUUUGGCAUCUUCUUUGAGGAGAUCAACCAUGCUGGAGCUGGUGGAUUGUGGGCAGAGCUUGUAAGCAACAGAGGUUUUGAAGCUGGCGGUCCUAAUACUCCUUCAAACAUUGACCCAUGGUUGAUCAUUGGGGAUGAAUCCAAUAUUAUCGUGGCAACAGAUCGGUCAUCCUGUUUUGCUGGUAACCCAAUUGCACUUCGAAUGGAAGUACAUUGUGAAACUACUGGAACUAAUGCCUGCCCAUCAGGAGGUGUUGGGAUCUACAAUCCUGGUUACUGGGGCAUGAACAUUGAGAGAAGAAAGGUUUACAGAGCUACCAUGUACAUCAAGUCGUCAGAAUCGGUGGAGUUGACAGUUUCCUUAACAAGUUCAGAUGGUCUUCAAAAUCUAGCUUCUCAUACCAUCACGGGUGACAAAGAAGAUUUUGUUGAGUGGACAAAGGUUGAACUUGAUUUGGAAUCGAUUGGUAGAAAUACUAAUUCAAGACUUCAGCUUACGACAACCAAAAGUGGCAUAAUUUGGUUUGAUCAAGUAUCACUUAUGCCAUCAGAUACUUACAUGGGGCAUGGUUUUCGUAAAGAUCUUGCCUCUAUGCUGGCAAAUAUGAAGCCUCGAUUUCUAAAAUUUCCAGGUGGCAACUAUGUAAUGGGGAAUUAUCUUGUAAAUGCAUUCCGUUGGAGUGAAACUGUUGGACCAUGGGAAGAAAGACCUGGUCAUUUUAAUGAUGCUUGGGCCUACUGGACUGAUGAUGGACUUGGAUUUUUUGAGUUCCUCCAACUAGCAGAAGACCUUGGUGCUUGCCCAGUUUGGGUGGUUAAUGAUGGGGCCAGCCUCAAUGAAGAAGUCCCAACUGCAACAAUAGCUGCCUUUGUAAAGGAUGUUGUAAAUGGAAUUGAAUUUGCCAGGGGAGACCCCCAGACUGCAUGGGGUUCAGUUCGUGCAGCAAUGGGACAUCCAGAACCCUUUCAGCUUUAUUAUGUUUCAAUAGGGAAUCAAGAAUGUACUAAAUACUAUUAUAAAGAUAACUACAUGAAGUUCUAUUCUGCAAUAAAAGCAUCCUACCCAGACAUCACAAUCAUAUCAAGCUGUGAUAGAUCUGCUAUUUCACCAGUCAACCCAGCUGAUUUGUAUGAUGUUCACGUCUAUACCUCAUCAGGUGAUAUGUUUUCCAGAUCUAGAAUGUUUGAUAACACAGCCCGCAGUGGACCCAAGGCAAUUGUUAGUGAAUAUGCUGUGACUGGAAAUGAUGCUGGUCGAGGAACACUGAUAGCUGCUUUAGCUGAAGCUGCAUUUCUCAUUGGAUUAGAAAGAAACAGUGAUGUGGUUGAGAUGGCAAGUUGUGCUCCACUCUUUGUAAAUGACAAUGAUCGAAGGUGGAACCCAGAUGCCAUAGUCUUUAACUCAUGGCAGCACUAUGGAUGCCCAAAUUACUGGAUGCUACACUUUUUCAAAGAUUCAAGCGGCGCGGCACUUCAUCCAUCCACUAUUCAACUUUCAAACUAUGAUCAACUGCUCACAUCUGCUAUCACUUGGAAUAAUUCACAAGAUGGGAAUACCUACCUGAAAAUAAAGGUUGUAAAUUUUGGGAGCAAAGCUGUUAACCUUAAUAUAUCUGUAACUGGGCUGGAAACUGAUAUUCAGACAUUUGGAUCCAUCAAGACCGUUCUUACUUCUGGUUGGCUGCGGGAUGAGAACUCCUUCCAGCAGCCAGACAAGGUGGUGCCGGCGGCAAGUCCUAUAACCAACGCGGGCGAGCAGAUGGGUGUUGUUCUGGAUUCCUACUCCCUCACCUCAUUUGAUCUCCUCCUGGGCUCGAGCCAAACGUUGCAUUCAGUCUCAGGGUCGAGCUUGCAUUCAAGCUUGUGAUUACAGUGUAUAAUGUUGCCACGAUACGGGUCCUCCAAGGCUCCAAUAGAAAAAUACAAUAUCUGUGAAUUAAUAAGAAGCACAGCUGGUCAUAUGUGUGUUUAGAUUAUUUGCACCUGAAAGUCAACAAACCAUGGUUUCCUGAGCGGAACGAUGUGUUGUGAGGAUUAUUAAUCCAUUUGUAAGGAUUUGUAUAAUUCAGAACAUAUCUAAACAGACA